GCUCCUAUAGGCUCCGCCCAUCUGGGCUCGGCUCCGCUCGGCUCCGUUCGGCUCCGCUCGACUCGUCUCGGCCCCGAUCGACUCCGCUCGGCUCCGCUCGGCCCCUGUGGCCCCCGCGCCGCCAUGGGGCCGCUGCUGUGGCUGCUGCUGCCGCUGGGCGCGGGCUCCGCCGCCUACGUGGUGUCUGUGGAUGCGCGGCGAGCCGGGCGGCCCCUGCGGCACUUCUGGAGGAGUACGGGCUUCUGCCCUCCUUUACCUCACAGCCGUGCUGACCUGUUUGACCUGAGCAAAGACCAAGUGAUGAACCUUGCCUACGUUUCUUCUGUUCCGCAUGGUGGCAUUGAACAGGUUCGGAUUCACUGGUUACUGGAAUUAGUUGCUGUCAGAGUCAUGAAUGGGAAUUUUUACUACAAUUUUACUGCCUUGGAUAACCUUAUGGAUCAUCUGUGGGAAAAUAAGCUAAUUCCAGGAUUUGAGUUGAUGGGGAAUCCAUCAGGAUAUUUUUUGGAUUUUGAAGAUAAAGAACAGGUAGUAAGAUGGAGGAACUUAAUUACAUUUCUGGCCAGGAGAUACAUAGAUAAGUACGGAUUGGAGCAUGUUGCUAAAUGGAAUUUUGAAACAUGGAAUGAACCAGACCACCAUGACUUUGACAAUGUGUCUAUGACAGUGAAGGGGUUUCUCAACUAUUAUGAUGCUUGCUCAGAAGGAUUAAGAGUAGCCAGUCCUCUACUGAAAUUUGGAGGGCCUGGGGAUUCCUUUCACCCCUUACCCAAGUCACCCAUAUGCUGGAGUCUUCUGUGUCAUUGCUACAAUGGAACCAACUUCUUCACAGGAGAGACUGGUAUAAGGCUAGACUACAUCUCUCUCCAUAAAAAGGGAGGUGGGAGUUCUCUCUACAUCUUGCAACAGGAAGUAGAAGCAGUUGAACAAAUUCAGAAGCUGUUCCCAAAUUUUACUUCUGUUGCCAUAUACAACGAUGAAGCAGAUCCAAUGGUUGGAUGGUCCGUUCCGCAACUGUGGCGAGCUGAUGUGACUUACGCAGCUAUGGUUGUAAAGGUAAUCGUUCAGCAUCAAAACCUGAUCAUUUCCAAAGCAAACAACACCAUCAACUACACACUGCUGAGUAAUGACAAUGCCUUCUUGAGCUACUACCCUCAUUACUUCACACAGCGGACUCUGACAGCACGUUUUCAGAUGAACAAUACAAAGCCACCUCAUGUCCAGAUGGUGCGGAAGCCAGUGCUGACUGUCAUGGGCUUGCUGGCACUGCUAGGAGAAAAGCAGAUAUUUUCAGAAGUGAACAGCAGUGAAGGCAUAAGUACUGAAAACAGCACAAUUGGUGUCCUGGCAUCUGUGCACAACCCAAGUAAGAGGCAACCCUCAGACAGCUGGCAAGCUACUCUACUGAUGUAUUCAAGUGAGGAUAACAGGACUUCAUCCAACAUCAGCACCGUCACAGUGAAUGCCACACACUUCCCCAAACUUAGAGAGAUGGUGUUUGUGACAUAUUACCUGGAUAACAACCAAACCAAUCCCUACCUGGUGUGGAAAAAGCUAGGAAGCCCUGACUUUCCUUCCCCAGAACAGUUCCAGCAAAUAAGGGAUGCUGAGGACCCAGUGGCAACAGGCCCAUUCCCAUUUCCUGAAGAUUGCAUCCUGACACUGAAGCAAGAUCUUCCCAUUCCCUCAGUCUUUCUUAUCCACAUCUGUGCAAGACCUAGAUCUGUUCCUGGUCAAGUGACUGGUGUUCGUUUGAUCCCUCUCACAAAGGGGCAGGUCAUUGUGUUGUGGGACGAUGAAUGUGUAAAUUCAAAAUGUAUAAAGACUUUUGAAGUGCAAUUCUCACCAGAUGGAAAAGCAUACCAUAGGAUUAAUGCCAAAGACACAAUAUUCACUCUCUGGGUCUACAGUCCAGGUAGCUCAGUCUCCGGCUUUUACAGAGUGCGUGCCAUUGACUAUUGGGGGGACGCAGGCCUGCCCUCUCUUCCUGUGAAGUAUGUUGAAUCUUUCAAGUGACUCUGAUGAAUGGUGUCUGGCUUGUUGGCUACAUGG